AUGAAGAGAAUAACAGCAGUUGCAGUAGUCUUUGUUUUGCUGCUGAUUUGUGUGUAUGCUACUAAGGAAACUACAAAGAGGAACAGGAAAUCCAAACAAUCUGUUCCACAGAUUGAGUGUGCCAUCAAAGCUGCAAAGAUCAUCAACCCAGAAUUUAUUGCUAAGUGUCCCUUGGGAUGUCAGGAUGUUAAAUAUCGGGUUUAUGGCACUGAUAUCUAUGCCUCUUUUUCCAGUGUUUGUGCUGCUGCUAUUCACAGUGGAAUUAUUGACAACUCUGGAGGAAAAGUCUUAGUUCAAAAAGUUGCUGGUCAAUCUGGGUACAAGGGUAGUUUUUCCAAUGGAAUCCGUUCACUUUCAUUACCACGAUGGAGGGAAUCUUUCAUACUUUCAGAAGGCAAACCCAAAAGAGGUGUGCAGUACCCAUCAACUCUGACCUAUUCGUCUUCUGAAAGCACAGUCACUAAAGGAAAUUCAUUACGGAAAGGAUCUCAGACAUCUUCUGCUCCAUUACCAGCCACACAUGGUGCCGCUCACACAUUCAAAUCCUUUACCACCGCAACCGAAUUUGUCAGCACAACUCCAAAGACAACCACCACUUCAACCACCAUUGCACCAACGACCUUCACCAAAGUGACAACGGUUACAGUGGCAAAGCCUCUCAUUGCAGUGCACAGAGUCAGGGAUUUGGGCUCUAGCAAUGUCCAUCCAGUUUAUUCAGCAGUGGCGGCGGCAGCAGCAGCAUCAAGACAAGUUCAAGCUGCACAAGGAAGAACUCAGAAUCAAGCUACUGAAACAGAUGUGUGGAGGUCUGGAUCAAGCCUUUUGGACCCAGGUUUCAGCUCCAAGGAAGACAUAGUCCCAAAGCCUUUGAAGCCAGUUUCCCAGGGAAAUCCAAAUUGCAAAGUUGAUUUAGCCUUCUUGAUAGAUGGGAGCUGGAGCAUUGGCAGGCGGCGUUUUCAGAUCCAGAAACAAUUCCUCAAAGAUGUAUCUCAAGCUUUGGAUGUUGGCCCAAUAGGGCCUCUCAUGGGCAUUGUUCAGUAUGGCGAUAACCCUUCUACUGAAUUUAACUUGAAGGCCUAUGCAAAUAGCAAGGACUUAAAAAAUGCCAUUGAGAAAAUAUCACAAAAAGGAGGCUUAUCAAAUGUUGGAAAAGCUUUGUCUUUUGUUAACAAAAACUACUUUGAAGAUGCCAAUGGCAACCGAGGAGGUGCCCCCAAUGUGGCUGUAGUGUUGGUGGAUGGAUGGCCCACUGAUAAGAUAGAAGAAGCCUCCAGGCUGGCACGGGAGUCUGGCAUUAACAUUUUCUUUGUCACCAUUGAAGGACCCGAUGAAAAUGAAAAGAAAAAUGUCAUUGAGACAAACUUUGUGGACAAGGCUGUAUGCCGGACCAAUGGAUACUAUUCUAUUCAUGUCACCAGUUGGUUUACCUUGUACAAAGUAGCGCAGCCUUUAGUGAAACGAGUCUGUGAUGUUGACCGUCUGGCUUGCAGCAAAACCUGUCUAAAUUCAGCCGACAUUGGGUUUGUCAUUGAUGGAUCUAGCAGCGUUGGCACAGGUAACUUCCGCACCAUUCUGCAAUUUGUAGCCAAUAUUAGCAAGGAGUUUGAGAUUUCUGAUACAGAUACCCGGAUCGGAGCUGUGCAGUACACUUAUGAACAAAGGCUGGAAUUUGACUUUAACAAGCACAGCACUAAGCAGGAGGUGCUGAACGCUAUCAAAAGAAUCAACUAUUGGAGUGGAGGAACCAGCACUGGAGCGGCUAUCAACUUCGCCUUUGAGCAUCUCUUCAGCAAAUCCAAACCCAACAAGCGGAAAAUCAUGAUUUUGAUUACGGAUGGCAGAUCGUACGAUGAUGUCAGGGGACCAGCUUUAGCAGCACACCAAAAUGGUGUAAUAGCCUACUCAAUAGGCAUCGCAUGGGCUGCCCAAGAUGAACUGGAAGCUGUGGCAACUGACCCUGAUAAGGAACAUUCAUUCUUUGUGGAUGAAUUUGAUAGACUGUAUAGAUUUGUUCCUAAGAUUGUUCAGAAUAUUUGUACAGAAUUUAAUUCACAGCCACGGAACUGA